UUGUACUUGUUGGUCGAAUAUUCAGCGACUGCUAUGGACAUACUUCGGGCUUUAAUUCUGCUAUUUUGGCUCUGCUUUGUCUCUGGUGAGCAGAGCAUAGAUCAGGAUAUACCUGAAGGGGUGGAUCUUACUGGCUGUAUUCCCCAUUUCAUUCUUGAGUUUAACCUAGCACGGUCGGAAUUGAAAGCUGUUGGUAAAUGUGCUGGCGCUCCCUACAAAUAUCAAUUGGGACGCCGGUCAGUGCUCGACAUACCUCAGUAUUUGGAGAAAAUAAGAGAAUUAAGACCGGACUGCAUUAGAGACAAUGUGAAGGAGAGAUUGCCAAUAUUAGUUGCAAAAAUAAAGACAUUGCCGAAACAUUGUGAAUAAUCAUUCAUCUUAUAGUCUGUAUGCCAUAGAAAAGUAGUCGGAUUGAUGUAAAUUGCUGUAAACAGUUGUUAAUAAAUGUAUUUUGAUAGAAAUA